UAUUCACCGAUAGAAGUUUUAAGAGUUAAGAACCUAAAUGAAAUAGUUACCUAAUAAAUAAAUUGGGGUCGUAAGAAACAAUUGAAGUGAACCGAACCGUGUGUUAGCCGCUUCUAAAUAAUUACGUAGGUAGGUAGUCACACGCACAUACAGCAGCGCGGUCUUCACAGUCACAGUACAUUCGUGUCAACCGCCGGUUUCGAGACGGUCGUGUCGCGCAGUUGUGAAAAAUAACCUAAACAAAUAAACAUGGUGUCACUAAGCGAUCCCGCUGUGCAAUCGUAUGCAUUGUACUCGACCAUAUUAGCACUUAAAGUGCUCUCUAUGGCAUUUUUAACGGCAAGAGCUCGGUUCAGCAAGAAAGUGUUCGCGAACGAGGAAGACGCCGUGGCAACAACAAAAGGCAAGGUUAAAUAUGAUGACCCCGACGUGGAAAGAGUACGCCGCGCGCAUCGCAACGAUUUGGAGAAUAUUCCGGCUUUCUGGAUUUUGGGGGCUUUAUACCUGACGACGGGGCCCGCGGCUUCGACGGCGGCCAACCUGUUCCGCGCAUACACCGCCGGUCGUCUCAUACACACCUUUGUAUACGCAAUAAAGCCGAUGCCUCAGCCGGCAAGAGGCAUUGCAUUCGGAGUACCACUAUUUAUUAUGAUCUUCAUGGGCUUCAAAGUAAUAACGUUUUAUGCCUCGGCUUUAUAAAAGAGUUUUUAGAAACUGUAUCGUAUCGCAUACGUAUCACGGUGAUGACAGAACAAGUGCACGCUGUGUAAUAAAAACGCAUUUAAAUAUAACUAUUUCCUACCUAGUACAUGAAUGUUCCUAUAAUGCAUGAAUGAUUUUUUUAAAUUCUUUAGGUGUCUUAGGUAUAUUUAAAGUGUAUCGAUUGGUAUGUAAAUUCGUCAAAUGGAAUACGUCAAACAGCUUGAAUCCAAAGCCUUAAGUACCUACCUACUUCGGUGUAACAAUAUCAAUCAAUUUUAAUAGUAACAUUGUUGGGUUAAAAUUUAUGAUGCAAGCUAAAUAUCCAUUUGGUGUUUUAAUAUGUGGGUAUUUCUAAAUUUACCCAAGGAUAAUGUAGGAAGUGACUGAUUUUGUAUUUUGAAAUUAAAUAAACAUGUUAUUUUUAUAUUAUAAUAAAAUAGCUAUGAUGGGUUUAA